AUUCCACUUACCAGCAGUCACUCCCUCAAUACUGCAAACGUACAAAAAAACAAGCUACAAAUAGAUUUAUAAAAUGCCUGCGUUAGCAAAAUUUGAAGAGCGCAAAAAGCGAGAAGAGAUUGAAAGUAAAUUAUUAGGAUAAGAGGAAGGACCGAUGUUGAAGUAGUUUAUUUGUGAGGAGUUUUGAUCGGAUAACGAUGUUAACAUUAAGUCUCCUGCUCCUCCUCCUCUGUGGCUCGGCCUCCUCCAUGCUGCUGGGAUGGGUGGAGUCUCCGGGAUAUCCCCAUGGAUACCCGCCCAGCGCCAGUCUGAACUGGAGCCGCUGCGCCUCCAAAGGUCACACCCUCUCCAUCCAGCUGCUCCACCUGGACCUGGAGGACAGCCAGGACUGUGAGGACGACGCAGUGAAGGUGUUUUCAAAUGGAAACCUAAUCUCAGUUCUGUGUGGUAAACGGGGAUUCAAGGAGCUCCAGUCCACUGUUAACCCCUCGCUGCUCUCCGUCCCGGGGGGCUGCCUCUCUCUCACUUUCCACUCCGACUUCUCAAACACCAAGAGACACACCGGCUUCAAAGGGUUUUAUACCCUUCAAGACUUUGACGAAUGUGUGAACGACGAAGACAGCGGAUGCACUCAGUUCUGUCACAACUACAUCGGAGGAUACCACUGCUCCUGUCGCCACGGUUACCACCUGGACGUGGACAAACGCACUUGCACAGUGGCUUGCGCAGAGGAUCUGUCGGGGCUGAAGGAAGGGGAAAUCUCCAGCCCCUCGUGGCCGGCUUCAUACGCAGAGAAUGCACACUGUCAGUACUCUCUGUCUGUGGAGCCCACCCUGGAGCUGGAGCUGCUCUUCAGCCAAGUGUUCGAUGUGGAGCAGAGCCCUGAUGGGCAGUGCAUUGACACACUGAGGAUUGAGACUCACUCUGAGACUCUGGGGUCGUUCUGCGGCAACACGCCUCCCCCCUCUCCCUUUCUCACUCACUCUCAUCGUGUUCAAAUCCACUUCACCUCUGAUGGCUACGGCACUAACAAAGGCUUCAGUCUGGCCUUCAGGACCAGAGAUAAGGUGUGUCCGGCGGUGGUGACCUCUGACUCCACUGUGACGCCUCAGCAGGCAGAGUAUCGUCGGGGGGAAACAGUGACAGCAACUUGUGAUCUAGGCUAUGUCGCAAAUACUCAAGGCACCCAGGCCCUGAUAACACAGUAUGAGACGACAUGCCAGGACAUAGGCGAAUGGACUCCCAAUUACAAAUGUGAACCUGUUGAUUGCGGUUAUCCUGAGAUCCCAGAAGAUGGCAUCCUUCAGCUGGUGGAGUCGGAUAACACCCAGACAAAGUACAAAGACCAGAUCCAGUUCCACUGCAGCUCAAAGUACUACACACUGGAAGGAAAUGACACGUACACCUGCAGCGCCAGUGGUGAUUGGGCAUCAGGGAGUGGCGAAACAGAGAUGCCGAAAUGCAUUGAAGUGUGCGGGAAGCUUGACAGACACAUACCAAGUGCCGGCAGAAUUGUUGGAGGUCAGGAUGCAAUCCUGGGAGAGAUACCUUGGCAGCUUCUGAUUAUAGGUCGGGGCAGAGGAGGAGCGACUCUGAUCAGUGACCGAUGGGCUGUCACAGCAGCUCAUGUGGUGGAAGGGAGGAAGGUAGAAGCUACCCGUGUGUACGGUGGACUGGUAGAAGGAGGAACAAAAGUUAUAUUGCCUCAAGGAGUUCUCUUGGACAUUGAGAGGAUCUUCAUUCAUCCCAACUACAUCCAGGGCAUGGCGGACCGCAACAAUUUCGACCAUGAUAUUGCUCUUAUCAGAUUCUCUUCCAGGGUGAAUUUGGGCCCAAACCUCCUUCCCGUCUGUCUGCCGAAGUCUAACAGGGGCUUGGUGCACGGUGAACAUGGCACGGUGUCAGGCUGGGGGGGGACGGAGACUGCAGCCAUUUCUCAAAGCCUGAAAUACGCUCAUAUUAAAGUCUACUCCUCUACAGUGUGUCAAAAUACACCGAAAACUCCCAAAUCCAUGGCUGAUGGGAUAACUCCCAAAACCAUGAUGUUCACCCGUAACAUGUUCUGUGCUGGAUCUGAUACAGCGGACAGCUGCAGGAGGGACAGCGGGGGUCCGCUGGUGAUGCCCAUGGUGUAUGAAGGCAAUGAGCCCUACUAUCUGACCGGCAUUGUGUCCUGGGGAGCCAGCUGUCGUCAGAAGCAGUUCAAGGGUUAUUAUGUCAAGGUGGAGAAUUAUGUAGCCUGGGUUAAGGAGACAAUAGAUUCAGUCGAACAAUCCUCGAUGGCGUGGACUUCCUGUAUCGUCUUGUUCCUGUCAGUGUGUGUGUGUGGGGGCCGGCGGCUGCCAGACCCCGAGCCUGCGAUGCACGGGGGGGUCCAGUCCCCCCUCUACCCCCAGCCGUACCCCCCCAACCUGCAGCAGCAGUGGGACCUCAGCGUGCCAGAGGGAUAUCGCAUCACACUCACCUUCACACACCUGGACAUCGAGGCUACUGCAGGCUGCUUCUACGACUCCCUCACAGUUUUCUACGAUACAAAGAUCCUCGGGAAGUUUUGUGGCCAUGAGAACUCAGCUGAUGGACAUCACCCCGGCAACCAGCCCAUCUUGUCUCCAGGCAACAGACUCAGCCUCGCGUUCCAGAGCGACGGCAACAACCCGGAGCGACGCCAGAACGUCGGCUUCUCCGCUCAGUACCAGGCAAUAGACAUAGACGAGUGUUCUGAUCCAGAUCCUGAAGACGGCUCAGGUCCGCUCUGCUCUCAGAUCUGCCUCAACACCCUCGGCUCGUACCUCUGCUCCUGUCACCACGGAUACGAGCUGCGCUCAGACCAGCGCAACUGUGUGUUAUCCUGCAGCGGCGGUAUAUUUGAUGAGCCAGAGGGACACCUGUUCAGUCCAGGAUAUCCUGACCCCUCGCCUCAUGCUCUGUCCUGUCAGUACGUUAUUUCUGUAGAAUCUGGCUUCACUGUCACUCUCAAGUUCACUGACAACUUCCACAUUGAGAGCGUGGACACUGAGCAAGGAACAAUCUGUCCCCAUCACUGGUUGCAGGUGACCGUCCCAGACAAAGAGCCCUGGAAGCUGUGUGGAGGAAAGAGUCCAGGUCUGAUAGUCACAAGCUCCAACAGCGUCCGGCUGGACUUCCACACUGACGGGGAAGGCCUGAGCAGAGGCUGGAGCCUGGACUACAGCACACACAGAGUGGAGUGUCCAUUUUCUGGUAGUGUGGAUAAUGGCCGAGUCACCCCCGACCUGAGCGAGUAUUUGUACAGAGACUACAUCUUUGUGCGCUGCGACCUAGGAUUCAAACUCAUGACGGAUGCUAAGGAGGUUGAAGGUUUCUCUACCAUGUGUCAAAACAACGGACAGUGGCACCUUCCUCUCCCAGAAUGCCACAUUCUUGAUUGUGGAGAACCUGAAGCUCUGCUGAAUGGAGGGGUGAACUUCCUGUCUGGAUCUCAGAAUCAGUACCUUUCUGUUGUUCAGUAUCACUGUCAUGAACCAUUUUACUCUCUCCUUGGAGGCAUGAAUGUGGUCUUCACCUGUGAGGCUGACAGAAGGUGGAGAUCCAACAGCGAUAUUGUUGUCAGUCCAGCAUGCAUACCAGUCUGUGGCCAGCCCACAAAUCUCAUCCAUGGCUACCAGAGGAUCAUUGGAGGCGCUGAAGCUCCAGCCGAUACCAUCCCAUGGCAGGUGCUCCUGAGUAUAAAUGGAGGAAGAGCAGGAGGCAUGGUGAUUGCAGACCGCUGGAUCAUGACUGCAGCUCAUAACCUAAUGUCUUAUGGAAAGCCAGUAACAAACGACGGUGUACAGAUUUUCAUGGGACCCACUCAUGUUACUCAUGUGCUUGCUGCUUCACUCCACAUUCACCCUGAAUACAACAACCCCAACCACGUAAACUACAACCAUGACAUUGCCUUGAUAAAAAUGCAAGGCACAAUCACAUUCAACUCCUCCGUUAUGCCCAUAUGUUUGCCAGCAGAGGAUACCACAUACACUUUUGGCGUGAUGGGAAUUGUGUCAGGAUUUGGCAUAACAAUAAAUGCCGACAACCAACGGGUUUUGACAGACAGAUUGAAGUACGCGGAGGUCCCUAUAGUGGAGCAGCAGAAAUGCAACAGGUCCAUCACUUUGGUGCAGAGCACUAGAGCCAAUGUCCCAAGUCUGACAGGUAACAUGUUCUGUGCUGGACUGGAUAAAGGGGGGAAUGACUCCUGCCAAGGGGACAGUGGGGGCCCGUACUCCAUGUGGAAGGACAAACGUUUCUGGGCUAUGGGGAUUGUCAGCUGGGGGGUCGAGUGCGGGAAGAAGGGAACAUAUGGAGUCUAUACCAGAGUCACAAAUUACAUAGAUUGGAUCAACAAAACCAUGCAUGAGAACUGAAAUGCCCAGUAAUUCAAAGACAUCCACCAUAAAAUGACAUUAAAAAAACAGCUAAAUUUGCUUUUUACAUAGUCUUUCUGAGGUGAAAUAUAUGUAUUGUCACAGGAAAGCUAUAAAACAACAUCAUACAGUUGUCAAAACGAUAAAUAAAGUCAAUAAAGACCUAAAUGUGACUUUA